AUGGCUGGCAUGUCAAAGUUGGCGCAAGUGCGCCUUUUGGCAUCCACAUUAACUUUCCGCCAGUAUGGACCAGGAUUAGCUGGUCUUUUAGCCUUUUUCGCUUUUGUAAAAAUGUACAGCAAAAAAACAGCACCGAAAUCUGUUUCGACUCAAGUUGUAUCGAAGCAAGUGGCUAAGAAAAGCACAGAUAAAGCUCAUGUGGACGCUGCCUUCUUCCGGAAGUUGAGAAGGAUUCUAAAAAUCUUAGUUCCGGGUGUAUUCUCAUCUGAGUUCUUUUAUGCUGUAUUGAUUGCUUUCUCUCUACUUUGCCGAACUUAUGCUGAUGUCUGGAUGAUCACAACUGCCACUAGAAUCGAAGCAGCUAUCAUUGAUCGUAACAAGAUCAUGUUCUUUGCCAGUUUGGUUCAAUAUGUGUUGGCCAUGCCAGCUAUCGGUGUUGUCAACAGUUUCCUUAAGUUUGGCUUGUCAGAGCUUAAGCUCCGUUUUCGCACUCGCUUAACUAAUCAUCUCUAUGAGAAAUAUUUGAAGGGAUUCACUUUCUAUAAAAUGUCAAACUUAGAUAACCGCAUUCAAAAUGCAGAUCAAUUACUAACUCAAGAUGUUGACAAAUUCUGUGAAGGAAUCGUUGAAUUGUAUUCUAACUUAUCUAAGCCUAUUGUUGAUGUACUAUUGUACGUUUCUCGAUUGGGAGGUUCACUUGGGUUUGGAGCUCCAGCUUUGUUGUUCACUUACUUACUUGGUUCUGGAGUCUUCUUAACUUAUCUUCGUCGACCAAUUGGUCGUUUAACUGUUCAGGAACAAGCCUUGGAAGGCGAGUUCCGUUUUGUUAACUCAAGGCUCAUUAUGAAUUCGGAAGAAAUUGCUUUCUAUCAAGGAAAUACAAGAGAAAAACAAACGUUAAUGCAAACUUUUGGACAUUUAGUCGCACAUCUUCGAAAGCUCAUUCUUUUCCGUUUCUCUAUUGGUUUUGUUGAUAACAUUGUUGCAAAAUACUUUGCUACAAUCGUUGGGUGGUUCGCUGUUAGUCGAGCCUUCUUCGCAAAGGAUGGUCGAUUAGCAGGAAGAAGUCGAACAGAACUUAUACAGGAGUAUUAUAACUCGGGACGCAUGAUGUUCAAAUUAGCUGAGGCUUUAGGAAGGCUGGCCUUAGCUGGUCGUGAAAUGACUCGGCUUAGUGGAUUUACUACUCGAGUUGACACUUUAGUUAAAGUUUUGGACGAUCUAGACAAUGGUCAGUAUGAAAGAACAAUGGUCGGCGAUAAAGAAACAAAAGCUCUUCAGCCUAACAAGAUAGACUUCAGACCUGGUGCAGGAGAACUUAUAAUCCAGGACAAUGUUAUUCGUUUCGAAGACGUACCAUUGGUUACACCUAACGGCGAUGUUCUGAUUGAAAGUUUGAAUUUAGAGGUUCCUUCUGGAACAAAUGUUCUUGUUUGUGGUCCAAAUGGAUGUGGAAAAAGCUCAUUGUUCCGCACACUGGGAGAGUUGUGGCCUCUCUUUGGUGGUCGCUUGACGAAACCUGCUAAAGGAAAGCUCUUCUAUGUUCCUCAAAGACCCUACAUGACGCUUGGAACAUUACGUGAUCAAGUUAUAUACCCUGAUAAGCCUUUGGACAUGUGCCGAAAAGGAUUGACUGAUAGAGAUUUGGAAGAUCUUUUAGAAAAGGUACAACUCUCUCAUAUUCUCACUCGCGAAGGUGGAUGGAAUGCUGUGCAAGACUGGAUGGAUGUUUUAUCUGGAGGUGAAAAGCAGAGAAUCGCUAUGGCUCGUCUGUUCUAUCAUCGACCUCAGUUCGCUAUCUUGGAUGAAUGUACAUCUGCCGUUUCUGUUGAUGUUGAAGGAGCUAUGUAUCAGUAUUGUCGUGAAAUGAAUAUCACACUGUUCACAGUUUCGCAUCGCAAGUCUCUUUGGAUUCAUCAUGAAUAUACUUUACAAAUGGAUGGACAGGGUCAUUAUAAGUUCCAACAAAUUGACGAGAAUACUGAACAAUUCGGUUCAUAA